GUGGUCCUCAAGAUUUACACUCUGAGCAGCUUAUCGGACUUCCUCCGAAACCAAGUACUUCGAGAGCUGGACAUUCACUCCCGGCUGGACCACCCCCAUGUCGUACAGCUGCUGGCGGCAUUCCGGGAGGGUGACAAGCUCGUCCUGGUGUUGGAGUACGUGAGGGGGGGUUCCCUGGACCGCGCUCGUCGCAAGCUCGGUGGCCGCAUGAGCGAGCAGCAGGCAGUUGAGCUGGUGAUGGCGCCCUUGCUGAGGACACUGCAGUACCUCCACACCCGGGCCAUUGUGCACAGGGAUAUCAAGCCGGAGAACCUGCUCUUCACUUCGGACUGGAAACUCAAGGUCUGCGACUACGGCGUGUCUGUAUGUCUGUCGGAGGAGCGGGCGGUCACACGAACCGGCUCCCGAGAUUACAUGGCGCCGAACAACGCCCAGCUGGCGUACACCACCGCCGUGGACAUUUGGAGCGUGGGUGUAUUGACGUACGAGAUCCUGGUGGGCUUUACCCCCUUCCCGGGGGGACCCCCGCCGCUGGACGACACAUCCCCCAACGCCAGCCGCCGUCUGCCCAACUUCCCUUCCUGCGUCUCGGCGGAUGCGCGGGCCUUUGUGGCGACUUGCCUGUCAGACGCGCCCGGCGACCGCCCCACCAUUUUUGAGCUCCUGAAGCACCGCUGGGUGCAGAGC